CCCCUUAACAGAAGAUAAUUGUCUCCUACCUUUGCAUCUGGCGUCGUCGCGUACCUGGCCGAAAGCCAGGGAACGCUAAACGUAUCUGCCGAGGCUCGAGGACAUCUUGAUCAAGGUUACGAACAUAGUAGCGAUGAUGCACUGAUUGCAGUGCAAAUAAGUUUAUAUGUUCUCUUAACAACUACGGCUCGUUGCUUUCUUUUUCUCAUACAUGAUAAGCCAUCUUCCACGAUAAUUGGAAAUAUGGGAAAAACGCUGGUCUUUACGCUGAUCGCGUUCAUUUCCGGCGUGCGCAUCUCGGCUUCAGGAAAUACGAACAACAUCGAGGAAGAAAGUGUACAGGUUAAGAAGUGCUACAAGGAGCUGGGAUGCUUCGAGUCUGAAGGUUUCUUCCAUGCUCUCUACCGGCCCGUCAACUUCUUUCCCGACGGGCGAAGCCUAAUCAACACCAUGUUCGCCUUCUACUCGCGUAAGAACCCGAUCAAGGAGGAAAUGAUCAAGUGGUCGACACCCAUCAGCGACUACUCGAUGCUGCCUUUCAACGCCAGCAGGCCCACGAAGGUCAUCACGCAUGGAUGGCUGGAUGCGGUGUAUUUCGGACAGUGGAUGACGAAAAUGAAGAAUGCUUUGUUAUUGGCCGGCGACUACAACGUAAUCACCGUUGAUUGGCGAGGAGGGAAUGGACUGCCCUACGCGCAAGCCACAGCCAACACGCGGCUUGUAGGCGCUGAGAUAGCCGCCAUGAUUAAGAAGCUACAGAAAGUGUUCAAGGCAAACGUGUCAACUUUCCACAUCAUGGGUCACAGUCUGGGAGCCCACGUCGCUGGCUACGCGGGAGAGAGGAUUCACGGGCUUGGACGAAUAACCGGUUUGGAUCCUGCGGACCCGUAUUUCCAACACAUGCCUGCUUUCGUCCGGCUGGACCCGACCGAUGCGCGCUUUGUGGACAUUCUCCACACCGACGGAGGGACCGUUCUCGAUCUGGUAAAAGGGGAAGGCCUCGGAAUGUACGAACCGACUGGACACCUGGAUUUCUACCCUAACGGUGGAAGUAAAAUGCCCGGAUGUUCAUUCGGAACGAGCAUAUCGUCCACCUUCAACAAAGGCAUCAUGCAAGCCAUGCGUUCUGCUGUUGUGUGUAACCACGAGCGGGCGGUGACGUACUACCUGGAGACGGUGAGCGACCGGAGCUGCAAGUGGAUGGCGUUCGCCUGCCCUUCGUACCACAUGUACAAGCGGGGCCAGUGCUCGGACUGCGGCCACGACGGGUCCCGCUGCGCGCGCAUGGGGUUCUACGCGGACAAGUGGAAACCCAAAAGCAACACCUCGGUUCGCAUGUAUCUGACGACCAUGACGGCGUACCCGUACUGCGCCUUUCAGUACUCCGUGAUUAUCGAGCUCUACAAGGACGACAAAACUGUCUCGGCGACCGGAUAUUUCACCCUCACCUUGGACGGCGAACAUCGGAGUGCCGACAUUCAGAUAAACAAAAAGCCAUUGACGCUGUAUCCGAGGGCUCAACACCCGUUCCUGGUCACGACGGACAAGAACGUGGGCAAAAUCCUGAGGGCCUCCUUCUCGUACGAGAGCAGUCGUUACCUUUUCUUCCGGACAAACCUGCAGCUGUGGAGAGUGCGCGUGCUGUCCAUGAACGAACCGGUCAACAGAGAUGACAAGAAGAAUAAGACGUUGGCCUUCUGCUACCACGACAAGGCUGGUAUUCCACCGGGAGAGGGUGCCCAUUUGACUCCGUGCUAACGUUUUCGUAAGAUUAAAAGAAA